AUGAAGAACCAAAUUGCUGCGAUUCAAAAGGUUAUAAAUUUCUCAAGAUGCUUGAAAGAGGACAACAUUCCAUGCCACAUUGAAGAUAAGUUGUUCUUAGGCUCAUUUAGUGCUGCUAACAACAAGAGUGUGUUGAAAAGCAACAACGCCACUCACGUAUUAACUAUUGCAAAUUCCCUGGCUCCGGUUUAUCCCAAUGAUUUCGUUUAUAAGGGCAUUGCAGUUGCUGAUAGAGAAGAUACCAAUUUGAGACAGUACUUGGAUGAAUGCAUCAAUUUCGUCGACAAAGCCAAGAGACACGGUGGUGGUGUUUUGGUACAUUGCUUUGUGGGAACGUCCAGGAGUUGA